AUGUAUUUUCAUGACUUAGCAAAUAAUCUUUUGCUUCGUGUGGGACUUAAUGAUAAUAAAGCGAAUGAAGGAUUAGAUAAAGAGAAAAUUAACAAAAUUAUAAUGGAUAUCCACAAAGGGUCCAGAUUUUAUGGAAAUGAGCUCAAGAAGGAAAAGCAAGUCAACCAACGAAUUGAAAAUAUGAUGCAACAAAAAGCUCAAAUUACCAGCCAGCAGCUAAGAAAAGCACAGUUACAGGUUGACAAAUUUGCAAUGGACUUAGAGCAGAGCCGGAAUUUGAACAAUACCAUAGUGCAUGUUGACAUGGAUGCUUUCUAUGCAGCUGUAGAAAUGAGGGACAAUCCAGAAUUGAAGGAUAAACCCAUUGCUGUAGGAUCAAUGAGUAUGUUG